AUGUCGGACCCUCGACUCAGCGAUAGAGAAUUGGCGGCUCUCAAUGCGGCUGCGGUCACCCAAGAGUAUCGUGUCAAGCCUCACCUAGACUAUCGAACGGUCUCCGCCAUUAACGGCCCUUUGGUCGUAUUGGACAACGUCAAGGCAGGUCUAACGGCGUUCCCCUCAUACAAUGAAAUCGUUGAAUUGACACUGCCAGACGGCACUAAACGUGGAGGACAGGUUCUCGAGGUUCAGGGCAAGAAGGCGAUCGUACAGGUCUUUGAAGGAACCUCAGGCGUCGAUGUGAAAGCAACUCACGUUGAAUUUACUGGAAGUAGCAUGAAGCUUCCCGUCGCCGAAGACAUGCUUGGUCGAAUCUUCAACGGUUCAGGCAAUCCUAUUGAUCAGGGUCCAAAGGUGUUUGCUGAGGACUAUCUCGAUAUCAACGGUUCGCCCAUUAACCCGUACUCACGAAUCUAUCCGGAAGAAAUGAUUCAGACCGGAAUUUCAACUAUCGAUGUGAUGAACUCCAUCGCUCGUGGCCAGAAGAUCCCCAUUUUCUCGGCUGCUGGUUUGCCUCACAAUGAGAUUGCUGCCCAAAUCGUCCGACAAGCUGGUCUCGUCAAGCGGCCCACCAAGGACGUACACGACGGUCAUGAGGACAACUUCUCUGUCGUAUUCGCUGCUAUGGGUGUUAAUAUGGAGACCGCGCGAUUCUUCAAGGAGGAUUUCGAAUCAAACGGAAGUCUCGACCGUGUAACCCUCUUCCUCAACCUGGCAAAUGACCCCACCAUCGAACGAAUCAUUACUCCUCGUCUAGCAUUGACAACUGCAGAGUACUAUGCUUAUCAGCUCGAAAAGCACGUCUUGGUCAUCCUCACUGAUAUGUCCUCAUAUGCGGAUGCCUUGCGCGAGGUAUCAGCUGCCCGAGAAGAAGUCCCAGGUCGUCGUGGCUUCCCAGGAUACAUGUACACGGAUUUGUCGACUAUCUACGAGCGCGCCGGUCGUGUGGAAGGCAGGAAUGGUUCGAUUACCCAGAUUCCCAUUUUAACCAUGCCCAACGACGAUAUCACACAUCCUAUACCAGAUCUCACAGGUUACAUUACCGAGGGACAGAUUUUUGUCGACAGACAACUGUACAACCGACAGAUUUAUCCUCCCAUUAACGUCCUUCCGUCUUUGUCGCGUCUCAUGAAGAGUGCUAUCGGCGAGAAACUGACAAGGAAAGACCAUGGUGACGUCUCGAAUCAGCUGUAUGCCAAAUACGCCAUUGGGCGAGAUGCAGCGUCCAUGAAAGCUGUAGUUGGUGAAGAAGCCUUGUCCGCAGAGGAUAAACUCGCUUUGGAAUUCCUCGACAAGUUCGAACGGCAAUUCGUGGGACAAGGCGCCUAUGAAUCUCGUACCAUUUUCGAGUCUCUCGAUCUUGCAUGGUCCUUGCUGCGCAUCUUCCCUAAGGAACAGCUCAAUCGGAUCAACCCCAAGAUUAUUGCAGAGUUCUACGCUCGUAAAUCGACGAAGAAACCUGCUCCCGGUGCCGACACGGAUAGCCAUGAAGAGAGCAGGCGUGAGGAGAAGUUAAUUGAUGCUUAACUAUGAUUAA